AUGUCCCUAGAAGAUUCAUUAAGCAAACUUUCCCUAUAUGAUGCCAAAAAGUACUUCAGAAAGGCUCAAAAUGUGGUGUUCAACUUUACCGAAAUGGAAGCCAAGGUCCGCGAAGCAACCAAUAAUGAACCCUGGGGAGCUUCAUCGAGUUUGAUGGCAAUGAUUGCUCAAGGUACUUAUAACGCCAGAGAGCGUGAGGAAAUUUUAGGGAUGGUAUUUAAGAGGUUCGUGGAGAAGUCCGCAAGUGAAUGGAGACAAAUAUACAAGUCACUACAAUUAUUGGACUAUUUAAUAAAAAAUGGUUCUGAACGAUUUAUAGAUGAGGUUAGGUCAAAUUUAAAUUUGAUCAGAAUGUUAGAAUCGUUUCAUUAUAUUGAUUCCCAAGGUCGGGAUCAAGGUAUAAAUGUUAGAAACAGGGCUCAGUCUUUAAUAAAACUACUUCGCGAUGACUCUCAAAUUAGAGCUGAGCGUAAAAAGGCUAGGGCAAACUCCGGUAAGUUCCGAGGUGUUGCAGGCGGCAUUCCAUCUUAUAUUCCUGGGAGUUCAGUUAACCCGGCUGCUGGCUUUACGCGGUCCACUUCGUAUGGUAUAUCAAUUAGUGCUGAUUAUGACAGUGACGAUGAGAACCAGAACAACCAUAGUCUUCACGCGAGGGAUUCAUCUCGGUGGAGCGAUGGGCACUAUGAGCCCAAUGUUCCCCAAGAAGAAGAAGAAGAAGAAGAAGAAGACGAAUUUUCAGAGUUCCAAAGUGCUCCCCCAGUUACGGCCUCAUAUAAGAACAGAACUGUUGAAUCUCUAACUGACUCACAGCGCUCUUCUUCUCAAAACACUACCGACUUACUGCAAGAUUUGAACUUUCAACGUUAUCAGCCACGUCCCACUCCUCCAAAGUCUACUACCUCAAUUUCCAUUGAUAAGAAUGAUCCCUUCAGCGUAUUAUUGGGUACAGCCAAGAAGGGCUCAUCCAGAAGUUCUAUGUCCCCACAAAAGAGUACUUCAAAUCUUAGUAUGCCAUCUAAAUUAGACAUUAACGAAGACACGGAUGAUAUUUUUGGUGAACUGACUUCCGCCCCAAGUGCGCCUAUUGCUCAGCAGGCCAAUACCAAUAGUAAAAAAGCUAACAAUUCUACAAAUCUAAAUGAAGUGGACUUGUUAAGCUUUUAA